AUGCCUCAAUUAGUACCUUUUUAUUUUAUUAACGAAGUAACUUUUGCUUUUGCUAUAAUUGUAGUACUUACUUACGUCUUUUCGAAAUAUGUGUUACCAAGAAUAGUUAAUCUAUUUGUAGCUCGUCUUUUUAUAUCAAAUUUGUUAGACAAAUUUGCGUUAUAA